AUGCAUAUGUCGUUUUGGUGGGACUACAAACUUACCGACUACCUCUUCCGGGGGCUGUCGUCACACUCAAUCGCGGGCCUUGUCGGUAUGUGUCUCAGCGUGGCCUCCAUGUCUUUCGCUUUCGAGUUUCUCCGUUACCUGCAAGCCAAACAACGCCAGAAAGAACUGAUCCUCAGGUCGGAGCAACUGAAAACGAUUUGCCCCACUGAGACCUCGACACUGCUUGAUGGGACUCAAGCGCCCCCCGGGGUCACAAUCACGCCAAUGCACAGAACGUUUUUAUUCGUCUCGGAGAUUGGGCUCUGGUUCUCUUUACAAAACUUAGGUUAUAUUUUGAUGUUGUCUGUUAUGUUGUACAAUGGAUGGUUGUUUAUCUCAGCUGUGGUGGGCGGAGGCUUGGGUUAUUUCGUGUUCGGCCAAAUGUUUAUGAAAAUUAAUCUGCAAAAUUGCCAGAUAAUUAGAGAUACCUGGUGUAUGCAAAAAUGCGGAGAGCCAGACCCCGAUCCCGAAACCCAGUCCACUGAUUCCUGAAAAAUCUUCCAGGGAGUAAGGAUGGGGAGUCCACCCCGGCUUUGGAAGCCGUCCCCGGGACUUCCACAACCGUUUUAAAUUGUCACGAAGUGGCAGCUAGCGUGCACGCAGAGUGCCACCCCCAAAAUUAAACUGUGAUUGAAGUAAUUUUUGUAAAAGUUGAAGAAAACGUAUUAUAUUAUUUUAUUAA